GGUCCGGUUGUAGUAAUAUUGUUCGCCCAACACCAGACCAAGAGCUGAGAGCCCGGCUCAUCAGUUGGAACUAUGUUCCUACCUAAAUAGUUGUCUUGUGGAGUAACGCCCAAGCGGAACGCAAGAUAAUGAAAUAUGGAUCUUGGCCCACUAGAGGUCUAAAUCAAAGUACAUAUAUAGAUAAAAUCCUUGAUCGAUUUAGCAUGUCUAACUCAAAGAAAGGAUCUUUACCUAUGACACCUGGCACGGUUCUUUCCAAGAGCCAGAGUCCUUCUACUCCCGAGCAAAAGGAACUCAUGAUGAAGGUUCCAUACGCCUCUGCGAUUGGAUCCAUCAUGUACGCCAUGAUAUGUACUAGACCUGAUGUCUCAUUCGCUUUAAGCGUGACCAGCAGAUACCAGGGAAGUCCAGGAGAAGCACACUGGACAGCGGUCAAGAACAUCCUCAAGUAUCUUCGCAAUACUAAGGAUGCAUUCCUGGUAUACGGUGGUGAGGAAGAGCUAAAGGUGGUCGGUUACACUGAUGCUAGCUUCCAAACCGACAGAGACGAUUCAAAAUCACAAGCAGGAUAUUUGUUUUGCCUGAAUGGUGGAGCUUUUAGUUGGAAGAGCUUUAAUGAGGAUACAACCGCCGAUUCGACUAUAGAGGCUGAGUACAUAGCUGCCGCCGAGGCAGCUAAAGAAGCUGCAAAGGAACCGCGAUCUCACCAGAAAACCAAACACAUUGUACGACGCUAUCACAUCAUACGAGAAAUCGUAGAUAGAGGAGAUGUGAUGAUUUGCAAAGUAGAUACUGACGACAAUAUAGCCGAUCCCCUGACCAAGCCUUUAGGAAAGCUAAAGCAUGAGGGUCACACUAGGUCCAUGGGCAUUAAACUGAUGCCAGAUUGGCCAUAGUGCAAGUGGGAGAUUGUUGGAGUUGUGCCCUGAUGGCCAACUGUUUAUCAUUAUUCUAUCAUGUAUAGGCAGAUAUAAUAUGUUUACACAUCUCACGCUAAUGUAAACAAAUAUUAUAUUCCUAGAUUUAUAUUUAAAAGAUGUUUAUCAGAUAGUGUUUUUCUGCUGAUGAGACUAACAUCUUGAAAUAAAUAUUUAUCUAAAUG